AUGACCUGCCCCAAGGAUGAUGAACCCGAUGUUGAGAUUUUAGUGCACAUAUCCGCUCCCAGUCUGGCGGUGGACGAUGCACAUUAUCGUCAACUGGCUAGCGCAUAUCUCAACUUUGAAGAGGGGAGAAUCACUCGCCUGGAAGACAGCCCGCAGGCCGUCGUGACACCACCCCGAGUACACGUCUUUGGGACUCUCGAGUCUCCGCCCCUCUCCUUUGAAGACGUUUUAGACAAUGUGCGAUCUCCGCUCCUGAACACGAGGCAGGAAAAGCAUGAUGGCAGCGGAGAGAAGCACAGCCAGGUGAAUACUGCAGAGUCACAAGAGUCCUGGGAGGCACCACCGAGCACUGUAGGGGAUUCUCAGCCCUACAACGACAUCAGCUUCGGGCGCUUCUGUGAUCCGGACCGCUUUAUUGAGUACGAGCUUGAGAAGCUGGAUCAUGACACGUCCGUGGCCGUGACCGAUACUUUGCCAGCUUUGGAUUCUGGUCCAAACAAGCGGACGCAGUCUCUUAGCGUAUCUUUAUCUCCUACAAAAGCUUCAUCAAGACAAAUUGCAUCUGCACAAGGCCGCAUAAUUGUCGGCUCAAGUCCUCGGAGGCGAGGGGACUCUAUCGAGGUGCCGUCUUCUCUGCCAAGUGCACUUCGGAGAAGCCAAAGACUAGUCUCUUCUUCACAACCCAGCCCAGCAGCAAGCCCUUCCUCGACUAGAAGGGUCGUAUCCACUUCGCCAGACAUCACAUCAUCUCCACCGAUUCCAAGGAGGCUUUUGAGACCUGCUACAGAAAGCAGCGCGGAUGUGCAGUCAAGUCCAUCCCGUAGAAGGGAAAUCAUUGAGGUUCCUUCAUCACCGCCGACAGCGUGUCCGCGGUACACCAAGGAUUUGGAUGCCAGCUUCGGUUCCGUCAUCACCUGCUCCGACCGCGCCGAAUCAGAGCCGCCUCCUAACAAAAGCUUAAAGGGAACGCCACGCCAGACCCCCAAAGCCGUGGGAAGAAGCGUUAGCGACUUUGGGCAGCAGUUGGAAAGUCACAAGUUUAUAGAAGAACUGCCACACGCCCAUCUGCUCGAGGCACUUGAAGUUUUUGGACCAGAGCCGCCCGUCUCCAUCCGUCACAUUACGCCAGAUGACCUGCUUACCCCACAGCUGCGGAAGCUGCAAAGUGACCUGGGCAAGGCCAAGCGGUACUCUGCCCGGCUGCAGCUAAUGCAGGAGCAAAUGCCGGACCCAUUCGAGCGUGGCUGGUGGAUUCUAGACUGUAAUGAACUAGGGGAUCGCCGGCUGGCUGCGUGGGAGUACCUGGCCAGAUACGUCCACGCCGGCAAUGCAGGAUGGGGCGUCUCGCUCAUGAGGGGCUCGGCGGCGACGCACAGGAUAAAGUUGUUCUGCUACGGGCACCUAGCAGGCCACAUGUACCUGCUGCUCUACAUGGCCAGCGAGCGGAGGAUAUACGACCUCGACUGCACUUGGACCUCUGCGCGCAGGGGCGGCCUGCUUUUUGUUCCGGCGAUCAAGGGUAGAUGA